CGCUUUUGUGUGAAUAAAACGCAUUUCUCAUGCCAUGAUUAGAACCAUUUUAUGCCUGCUGGCUGAUAGUCAGCUUCGAUUGUGGGGGUAUUAAGCGCCAGUUGGGUAUAAUACGUUGAUAAAUAAAUAGAGACCCUUGUGGAAUAGAGGAUACCCGCAUAUCCAUAAAAAUUCACGCUUUUUUGUGUGAAUGAAAACGGUGUGCAGUUUCUGACAUUUUCAGUCUAAAAAAUAUAGUGACGCGGAUAACAAGGUGUCAUCCAUCCGGCUUCUUCUCUUCUCAUCGUCACGGUUUGAUCGAUGGUGAGAAAGUCCCAUUAUUUUAAUGCUACCCGAUCAGAAAAGUGAUUGAUACGCAUCGGAUGGAUUCACAGAGAAAGAGAGAGGACAACUAACCUUGACUGAUACUGAAUAUUACUUUCUUUAUAGAGGAACGCCGAGCCGAGAUUUUCAAGGUUAAUAGUUCCCACUCAACCCUUGCGCUGGUUGACACCAUGAAUUAUUCGGGUGACAAGAGUGUGAAUGUGUGAUGGAUGACGCUUAUUUGUAGUCAGGAGGUCGGUCGGAUAUGAGCCAUACUUAUUUUAAGCUCGAACUGUAAGGGAAUUUUGGCCAGUUCAUUUUCCACCAGACCAGCGAGCGACGCUUUAUUCAGAAUGAAGGCUCUCUUUAAUAAGAAUUUGAUUCAUCCGACGUAUUACAAAAACGAAAAUUCAGAGGAUAAUAAUAACAAUAAGGGCGGAAUCGAUGCAGGCGAAUUGAGCGAAGUACCGAUUGUCAUACCAAUUAGAAAUGAGCUGCGUUCUUUUGAGCGUCGACUGAAUAAUAAUGAAAUCUACUCUCCUGGCGAGACUGGAUGGAGUGGCCUUAUCUUACGAAGACAUUAUAGAAACCAGGAUGUACCUUAUCAUCACAAUGAGACUUGUAAAUACGAAGUGUUUAACCCUCUGGCAGGAGCCGCUCCAAUUUAUCACAUUUCUGAAAAAACUGAAUUUUUUGUGAAAGACACGGGCUGCUUUUUUCAACCUCGAUGUCGUGAAUUUAUCAUGACUCCGACAACUCCGAAUUGUCUUGAUUCCUCCAAUAUAAAACUCAUCGUGGAGUUUGGACGGACGGGAUUUUGCAAUGGAAUAACUGUACUCUACCAAAAACGAAGGAUGGGAACGAUAUCUCGAAAAUGUUCCGUGAUCCCAAACUCGUACAAGUACUCGGUCAGAAAUUCGCACAAUUGCGAAAUCGCCUCCGUCAACUCGAAAUACUGUUUCAAAUCGAAUCUCCUCUGUUUACGGGAAUGUCAACAGUUUAACAUUUUCAUGAGAAAGGAGAGGCUUCCGAGGGGAAAAAUAAUUCGAGAAUCGCUCGGCUUCGCGAUGGUCCUGUUUCACGGAGAUGACGCCGUUGCGAAAAUCUUGUUGGUCGUGGCGCUCGUCUUGAUGGAUUUGCAAACUUUGAGUUUGCGAAGGAGAAAGGGAUUUUGCCAAUGUGACUUCGUCUCUUGUUGUUUCCAACUCGUUGCUUCAAUCUUUUUUUACAUGUUGGUACUCGCACUCAUUCUGUUUCUGUUUUUCGUAUUUUUCUCUCGAUAAAAUAGAUUAUUCGCGAUAUAUGCGAUGAGAGUUUAUGUGAAAUUAUAGGUAAACAGUUGAUGAAAUUUUGUAAGAAAUUAACUGAGCAAUUAAAUUCAUUCAUGACUCAGAUAUUUAACUUAGACACAAAUGAUGGGAUUGAAUUUAGCAGUAAAAUAACAUGCACAAGCAACUCUUGUAAAUGUUUGCCUUGAUAGAAUUGAAAUUUUUCAUUUAUUGUCAUACGAAAAAUUGUAAUUUUUGACUGACUGACAUUAAUAAAAUUAAUGAUUGAGA